AUGGAUUCUACCAUAUCGUUGAAGCUCAAAGGAAAAGGGAAAGGAUCAAAGGGAGCUUCCUCUUCGAGUGCGAAACCGAAGUUGCAGCUCUUGAAGGAAUGGAGCAAUUGGUCACUGAAGAAGGCGAAAGUCGCGACUCACUACGGAUUCAUCCCUCUGAUCAUCAUCGUCGGCAUGAACUCCGAUCCGAAGCCCCACCUCUUUCAGCUCCUUAGCCCCGUCUGA